UUCCGUGCGCCCCGCUUGGCUGGGACCCUCGGGAGCGAUGCCAAUGGAUGUGAUUUUACUCGUGUGGUUGUGUGUGUGCACCGCCAGAACAGUGGUGGGCUUGGGGAUGGACCCUGACCUUCAGAUGGAUAUUAUCACCGAGCUCGACCUCAGGAACACCACCCUUGGCGUCUCGCAGGUGCCUGGACUGCACAAUGCCAGCAAAGCAUUUUUAUUUCAAGAUAUACAAAGGGAGAUCCAUGCAGCCCCCCAUGUGAGUGAGAAAUUAAUUCAGCUCUUCCGGAACAAGAGUGAAUUCACCUUUUUGGCUACUAUCCAGCAGAAGCCAUCGACUUCAGGGGUGGUACUGUCCAUUCGAGAACUGGAACACAGCUAUUUUGAACUGGAGAGCAGUGGCCUGAGGGAUGAGAUUCGAUAUCACUACAUACAUAAUGGGAAGCCCAGGACAGAGGCACUUCCCUAUCGGAUGGCAGACGGACAGUGGCACAAGGUUGCACUGUCGGUUAGUGCCUCUCAUCUCCUGCUCCACAUCGACUGCAACAGGAUUUAUGAACGUGUGAUAGAUCCUCCUGAUACCAACCUACCCCCAGGAAGCAAUUUAUGGCUUGGUCAGCGCAACCAGAAACAUGGCUUUUUCAAAGGGAUCAUCCAAGAUGGGAAAAUCAUCUUUAUGCCAAAUGGAUACAUAACACAGUGUCCAAACCUAAAUCGCACUUGCCCAACCUGCAGUGAUUUCCUAAGCCUGGUGCAAGGAAUAAUGGAUUUACAAGAGCUUUUGGCCAAGAUGACUGCAAAACUAAAUUUUGCAGAGACAAGACUUAGUCAGUUGGAAAACUGUCAUUGUGAGAAGACCUGUCAAGUGGGUGGCCUGCUCUAUCGAGACCAAGACUCCUGGGUUGAUGGCGAUCACUGCAGGAACUGCACAUGCAAAAGUGGCACCGUGGAAUGCCGACGGAUGUCCUGUCCUCCUCUCAAUUGUUCCCCGGACUCCCUCCCUGUGCACAUUGCUGGCCAGUGCUGUAAGGUCUGCAGACCAAAGUGUAUCUAUGGAGGAAAAGUCCUUGCAGAAGGCCAGCGGAUUUUAACUAAGAGCUGUCGGGAAUGCCGAAGUGGAGUUCUAGUAAAAAUUACAGAAAUGUGCCCUCCUUUGAACUGCUCAGAAAAAGAUCACAUUCUUCCAGAGAACCAGUGCUGCAGUGUUUGCAGAGGUCAUAACUUUUGUGCAGAAGGGCCUAAAUGUGGUGAAAAUUCAGAAUGUAAAAACUGGAAUACAAAAGCUACUUGUGAGUAGAACGGUUACAUCUCCAUCCAGGGAGACUCUGCCUACUGUGAAGAUAUUGAUGAAUGUGCGGCUAAGAUGCAUUACUGUCAUGCCAAUACUGUGUGUGUCAACUUGCCUGGGUUGUAUCGCUGUGACUGUGUCCCAGGAUACAUUCGUGUGGAUGACUUCUCUUGUACAGAGCACGAUGAAUGUGGCAGUGGGCAACACAACUGUGAUGAGAAUGCCAUCUGCACCAACACUGUCCAGGGACACAGCUGCACCUGCAAACCAGGCUACGUGGGGAACGGGACCAUCUGCAGAGCAUUCUGUGAAGAGGGCUGCAGAUACGGUGGGACGUGUGUGGCUCCUAACGAAUGUGUCUGUCCAUCUGGAUUCACAGGAAGCCAUUGUGAGAAAGAUAUUGAUGAAUGUACAGAGGGAAUCAUUGAGUGCCACAACCAUUCCCGCUGCGUUAACCUGCCAGGGUGGUACCACUGUGAGUGCAGAAGCGGUUUCCAUGAUGAUGGGACCUAUUCACUGUCCGGGGACUCCUGUAUUGACAUUGAUGAAUGUGCCUUAAGGACUCAUACCUGUUGGAAUGAUUCUGCCUGCAUCAAUCUGGCAGGGGGCUUUGACUGCCUCUGUCCUUCUGGGCCCUCUUGCUCUGGUGACUGUCCCCAUGGGGGAGGACUGAAGCGUAAUGGGCAAGUUUGGACACUGAAAGAAGAUAGGUGUUCUGUCUGUUCCUGCAAGAAUGGGAAGAUAUUCUGCCGAAGGACAGCUUGUGACUGCCAGAAUCCAAGCGUUGACCUUUUCUGCUGCCCAGAGUGUGACACCAGGGUCACAAGUCAGUGUUUGGAUCAAAAUGGACACAAGCUCUACAGAAGUGGAGACAACUGGACCCACAGCUGCCAGCAAUGCCGGUGCCUGGAAGGAGAGGUGGAUUGCUGGCCAAUUACUUGCCCCAAAUUGAGCUGUGAGUACUCAGCCAUCCUGGAAGGGGAAUGUUGCCCCCACUGUGUGAGUGACCCCUGCCUGGCUGAUAACAUCGCCUAUGACAUUAGGAAAACUUGCCUGGACAGCUAUGGUGUUUCGAGGCUCAGUGGCUCGGUGUGGACAAUGGCUGGGUCUCCCUGCACAACCUGCAAAUGCAAGAAUGGAAGUGUCUGCUGUUCUGUGGAUUUGGAGUGUCUUCAUAAUAAUUGAAAUAUUUAAAAUGGAUUCAUCAUGGGAGAAAAUGGACAAAAUGACCAACAAAUAUGAUGAAGAAUAGGAGUUGUUUUAUGCCACAAUUACCAAAGUCUCCAUCUAAGGAAGGUGUUUGGGGUUGGCCUUUUUGGACCUACCCUUAUGCUCAUUCUUGAUAACCUAGUCUAGGUCACCUACAGUGCAGUGCACUGAAGUCUAUGGUUGUUAAAAGAAGUUCCCUGUGUUGUAAAUCACAUCUUUCCCUCAUCAGAUCAUUUUCAAAUACAUUUAAAUGAUCUCAUGUAUAAAUGUUGAUGUAUUUUUUUGGUUUAGUUUGUGUACUGACAUAAUACAGACUCCUUUUAUUUAUUUUUUCUUGAUUUUUGGAUCAAAUUCUACAAAUAAAGUUGCCUGUUGUGAUUUUGUCCCAUUCACUGCAUAAUUAG